GACUUUUAUUUUGGCUUGUUUUUUGCAGGCUAAAUGACGUACGAUUUCUUGACCUCGUGACUACUACACGUGACACUGACACUUCAUCCACGAAAUUGUCCCGUGUGCACCUUGUGUCGUGUUAUUCUGUCGUUAAUUUGGUAAGGUCAGAUAUGUUGCCUGUGAUAGUAGUGCAUGGAGGUGCUGGUCAUAUACCUAAAGACAAUGCUGAAAUCUCCUGUGCUGGAGUGAGGGAAGCAGUCAGAGCUGGGUAUGCCAUCCUUCAGGCGGGUGGUAGUGCCAUGGAUGCUGUGGUAGAAGCCGUGACCCUGAUGGAGAACAACCCAAUAUAUAAUGCAGGUCGAGGGUCAGUCCUAAAUGUGAAUGGAGAGGUGGAGAUGGAUGCAAUUGUGAUGGAUGGAAAAACACUAGGCAGUGGUUCUGUGUCAGCAGUCAGGAGGGUGGCUAACCCAGUGCAACUGGCUAGGCUUGUCAUGGAGAAGACCAGCCACUUGUGCUUGACAGCUGAAGGGGCCUCUAAGUUUGCCAGAGCAAUGGGUGUUCCGGAAGUGCCUGAAGAGUCGCUCAUCACAGACUAUGCCAGAAUGCGCUGGAAGGAGAACCUGCAGCCAGGCGCCAACCCUGUGGAAUGCCAAAUGGGCAAGAUGGGAACAGUAGGUGCAGUGGCUGUGGAUAUAGAGGGAAAUACUGCCUGUGCCACAUCCACUGGUGGCUUUAUAAAUCAAAUGGAGGGUCGUGUAGGUGACACACCAUGUAUUGGGUGUGGUGGUUAUGCAGAUAACAUGAUUGGGGCCGUCUCUCCCACAGGCCAUGGGGAAGCCAUCAUGAAGGUUACCCUGUCUCGACUCAUUCUUUUCCACAUGGAGCAAGGUAAAAGCCCCCAGGAAGCAAGUGACCUUGCCCUCUCGUAUAUGAAGGAGCGGGUAAAUGGUCUGGGUGGGGUGGUGGUGGUAGAUCCAAAAGGGACCUGGGCGGCUCGCUUCAACAGUUUUCAAAUGGCAUGGGCAGCUGCCCAGCAAGACCAACUCCACUAUGGUCUGUACCAUGGGGAAGACUUAAUUGAGCCUGUAUGUACAGAAGAACAGAAGAAUACAUAAUGAUUACAUGCAUGUAUCAUGAUACGGUCAAAUUUUUUCUCUAUAAUCAAUAUCAAAUAGUGAAAUAUGCAUACAAGCAUACCUCAGGUGGUCUGGCUUAUUAUAGUGAUAGCACUGGCUGUUAUCCACUAGAUGGCAGUAGAUAUUCUUUAGAUCGAAUCAAACGGGUCAUUUGUUGUAAGGUGUAGUGCAGUGUACUAUGUAAACACAUAAUUGUACAAUAUUUUUUAGUAAAUUAAAUUAUAAAAUGAGAUUGUAGCAUGACUACUGAAACUGUAAAGAUAAAAAUGUUUAGCAUUACUUAAAUGUAAAAUAAAGUCUUACUGUCAGAGUUGCUGGACAGGCAUAACUGGUUUUAACAUAAAUUUAAAGAACAGAAAUCACGAUUCAUCACAGAAGUGGCACAACAUAUCAUUUCCUUUUUUAUGCUAAAAGGGGUACGGUGUUUGUUUUCUUGCUACCAUAUUAAAUGUUAUUUAAUAAAUUAAUGAUUGUUUGACACUUGA